CUCCGGAGCAUCACCUUCAACGGUGCAUCGUUAACACAAACUUGCCGGAGCAGCCAGCAUCAAUCACCAAAGCAUCCGUCGGUUAAUUUUCACUGUUCUCUCGUUAUUCGCCAUCGGCAACAAAGCUUGUUCGGUGAUCAGAGGCACUAAAACUCCGGUAGGGAAGAAUCUUAAAGUCUCUUAUCGUUUGAUUUCCAAUUUAAGCUUGACAACAAACCUAGAAAUGAGUUCAGGUGGUGCAUUUGGUGGCAACAGGGGACUCCGUCCGGUGCCUCUCGAAAAGGGAGUUUUCCCAUUGGAUCAUAUGCAUUUGUGUGACCUGGACAAGAAAGAAUAUCUCAACUGUCUAAAGACUGCUGGAAACAAGUCUGAAAUAUGUAGGGAAUCCAUUAUUAUUCCAAGCAGUAAUUUUGAAAUAGUUUAUUGUCAAGGAUGA